AGCAGAGCUCACCCCCGACGCUUUUCAACACGUUCAAGAUGACGCCGCCCUGUCAAGUUGUACCUGAGACACUGCCCUACAGCAACUCCAACGUCAACAGCCCCUCCAAGGUCACUGUCCCAGCUCAGGCUCACCAGCAACCGUCCACCCCGUUUGAUGGCUACAAGUUCGAGCCCAUCCGAGAGGCCACGGUCAACAGAGCCAUGACGAGUCGCUACUUCCGCGACCUGGAGGCUUACGCCGAGUCAGACAUCGUCAUCGUGGGAGCUGGCUCAGCAGGACUGUCAUGCGCCUACGAGCUCUCUAAGAUCGCUCCGGACGUCAAGGUUGCCAUCAUUGAGCAGAACGUUGCUCCUGGUGGAGGCGCCUGGCUGGGAGGACAGCUCUUCUCUGCCAUGGUGAUCCGAAAGCCAGCGCACCUGCUGCUUGACGAGCUUGAGGUGCCGUAUGAGGACGAGGGAAGCUACGUCGUCUGCAAGCACGCGGCUCUCAUGACCUCGACACUACUGAGCAAAGUGCUCAAGAACGGCAACGUGAAGCUCUUCAACGCGACGGCCGUGGAGGACCUCAUCGUCAAGCAAGAUCCUCAAGGGCUCAAGUACUGCGCCGGAGUCGUGACAAAUUGGACGCUGGUGGCCUUGAACCAUGACACCCAGUCUUGCAUGGACCCCAACGUGAUCGAGAGCAAGGUCAUCGUGUCUGGCUGCGGCCAUGACGGACCUUUCGGAGCUCAAUGCGUGAAGAGACUCGCCAAGCUCGGGAUGCUCGACGAAUACGCUCAGAACGGGAUCCAAGGGAUGGGCGCGCUGGACAUGAACUCGGCUGAGGACAAGAUAGUCAACAACACGCGCGAGGUUGUGCCGGGAAUGAUUCUGACGGGGAUGGAGCUAGCAGAAGUUGACGGAAGUCCUCGGAUGGGGCCGACCUUCGGCGCCAUGUUCGUCUCCGGCCAGCGAGCCGCACAUCUGGCCCUUGCUGCCUUAAGGAAGAAGCAGGAGGAGGAGACGAAGGUUUAGAUCAGACGAGAUCGUCUCAGCCACUGAUGAACCUGCCAACUAAGUUGAUAGAGCAGUAGCUUACGGCUCAUAGUCUCUAUUUCCCUUUUAAGUAGCAAGUGUCUUGUAAAGAGAUACGGUUCACUGCAAGUUUGAUUCUUAUAUCUUAAUACCUUAUCUCAUAUCGAAACUC